AUGUCCUCCUCGUCCAAGCGCAAGCCCUCCGAUGCACCAGUAUCACCACCCCCUCUCAAGAGGAAGCUCGCUUCCGGCACCACAAAGGGAGCGGUCGCCAACUUCUUCACCCCGACAUCCCAGAAACCCAAGGACCGCACCGUCUGGUCAGAGCGCGCCCCUAAAAACGACACGCCAGCAACCUUGCUCGUUGCCAAGUACGAACCUGAAGCCAAAGAAGAGACUUCGACAAAUAAGAGGCGGAAAGUAGCCGCCUUUGAUCUGCUGUUUGACAUGGACCUAAGAUGCACCCCCGCUAACCUCUGUCCACCCAGCUACCGCCUCAUCAUCCUCUCCAACCAAGCCGGCCUAACCCUACACCCGGACCACAAAUCCAAAACCCCCAAAGCAAACGCCGCCAAGCGCGUCUCCGACUUCAAGACGAAAUGCGCCGCCGUCCUCGCCCAGCUCGACCUGCCCAUCACCCUCUACGCCGCCACGGCAAAGGACAUGUUCCGCAAGCCCCGCCCCGGCAUGUGGCACGAGCUCUGCCGCGAUCACGACAUCACGGACGACGUCGACCUCGCGAGCAGCCUCUUCGUAGGCGACGCCGGCGGGCGCGUCGCUGUCGGCGCGACGGCCCGCGACUUCAGCUGCUCGGACCGCAACCUCGCGCACAACAUCGGCGUCCCCUUCAAGACGCCCGAGGAGUUCUUCCUCGACGAGCCGCCGCGCGUCUUUGCGAGGGAGUUUGACCUCGCGCUGCACCCGUACGUCGAAGCCGGAGGUACAGACCCAGGCGAGGGCGCGGACGAGACGCCCCUCUUCGCGAGAAAGAACAAGCAAGACGUCGUGCUGUUCUGCGGUCCGCCCGGCGCAGGCAAGAGCACAUUCUACUGGAGACAGCUCGAGCCUCUGGGCUACGAGCGCGUGAACCAGGACAUACUCAAGACGCGGGAAAAGUGCCGUGCUUCUCCAGACAAUACAAACGCCGACCCCGACACGCGCGCCGUGUGGGUCAAUCUCGCCAAGCAGCACGACGUCCCCGUGCGCUGCGUGUGGUUCAAGACGCCCCUCUUCGUCUGCGAGCACAACGAUGUCGUCAGGGCGCUCAACACAACGAUGAACCCCGAAGCCAGGACGGCGCUGCCGCAGCUCGCCUUCAACGGCUUCAAGUCGCGCUUCCGCGAGCCCAAAGCCAAGGAGGGCUUCCAGGACGUGACGGAGCUGGAGUUCAGGUUCCGUGGGACGAGGGAGGAGCAUGGCGUGUGGGCGCGGUACUGGAUCUAA